GCCAUACCCUCCCCGCUCACCUUGUAUAAUUUACCUUCUGUUACUGAUCCACCAUGGCGCCUGCGGACCCAGUACCCAUUGAAACCGCUCACGAGGACAUGAUUCACGAUGCCCAGCUGGACUAUUAUGGCAAACGUUUAGCAACAUGCUCUUCUGACCGUACCGUCAAGGUGUUCGAUAUUGUGGACGGCGAACCAGCGCGCACCAAUGGUCAAACAUUGAAGGGACAUACUGGUCCUGUGUGGCAAGUUGCAUGGGCGCACCCGAAAUACGGGCAUAUUCUCGCGUCAUGCUCUUAUGAUGGGAAGGUAAUCAUCUGGAAGGAACAACAACCCGCUGGGAGUGGAUGGGCAAAGAUCAAGGAGCACUCGCUGCAUGCUGCGUCAGUCAACUCAGUGUCUUGGGCUCCUCACGAACUCGGCGCUAUGCUUGCAUGCGCCUCGUCGGACGGCAAGAUUUCCGUCCUCACGUUCAAAAAUGAUGGACAAUGGGGUGCCGACAUCUUCGAAGCCCAUGCCAUCGGUUGCAAUGCCGUCUCAUGGGCGCCCGCCACUCGCCCAGGCGCGCUCAUCACCCCUACCCCCGGGGCCCUGCCAGGUGCCCCAAACCAAGCCCCAGCCCCCACAAAACGCUUCGCCAGUGCUGGGUGCGACAAUGUCGUGAAGAUUUGGGGUUUCAGCGAGGAGUCACAGACAUGGGUGGAGGAGGAUGUGUUGGACGGCCACACUGACUGGGUCAGGGAUGUCGCUUGGGCCCCGAAUAUUGGAUUGCCGAGGAGUUACAUUGCUACUGCUUCCCAGGACAAGACCGUGCUCAUUUGGACCAAAGAUUCGGCCCAGGCUCCUUGGGUCAAGACUGUCCUCGAUCCUACCACUAUUUCUCCCUCAGCAGCUACAACAAAUGGCGCCGGCAAGUUCCCCGACGUUGUGUGGCGUGUUUCUUGGAGCCUUGCAGGCAACAUCUUGGCGGUUAGCUGUGGCGACGGCAAGGUCACGCUCUGGAAGGAGAACUUGAAGGGUGGUUGGGAGUGCGUGAGCGAUGUGACGAGUUAAGCUAUCUAAUGAGCUAUUGCAUGCUUUUUGUGUAGAACUACGGACAGAUAUUGGACAAUUCGGGGAGUUCGUUUCGCU